GAGAAUGUUUCCUCACCCCCCCUUUCCAGGCAGAUGAGAGGAAAACUGAUCCCUGCCCCAAGAAGAGACAGAGGAGGAAACCCCGGGUCUUGUUCUCCCAAGCUCAAGUCUUUGAACUGGAGAGAAGAUUUAAGCACCAGAAAUACCUCUCUGCUCCAGAAAGGGAGUGCCUGGCCAGCCUGCUGAAACUCACCUCCACCCAGGUGAAGAUUUGGUUCCAAAACAGGAGGUACAAGUGCAAGAGGCAAAGGCAGGACCAGUCCCUGGAGCUGGUUGCCCACCCCUUGCCCCCCAGGAGGGUGGCAGUGCCCGUGCUGGUCAGGGAUGGGAAACCUUGUCUUGGGGUUUCCCAGCCUUGCCCAGUUCCCUGCAGCAUCACCCCCAGCCCUUACACCUACAGCUCCUACUACAGUCCCUAUGGGGCUGCCUAUGGGGGGGGCUACACGGGGCUGCCCCCCAGUGCCACCCUGAGCUUGGCCUUGGCCAGCAGCACCCAGUGCUUGCAAGCAGGGACCAGGGCUUGGUAG